AUGGUCUAUACGGAUAUCUGCCCAAUUUUGAGCGACACUGAAUGGAAAGAUAAUUGUCAACUUCCAGUGAUUCGUAAGGGUGAAACUCCAUCUGAUUGGAUGAAACGAAUUUGGGAUCAGUUGACGAAUUAUAAGAAUAAUAAUCGUUUGACUUAUGAUAAAAAGCGAUAUCUUAUCGCCAGAAAGAUGGAAUAUUUAUGUCCUGAUACUGUAGCUAGGUUUAAUCAAUUGCCUAAUCUUCGGGAAGCUAAUGAAGCAAGAAAGAAACAAGUUACUGAGGAGACUUUUAAGACUUUAGUCAAAUUUAUUACUAGUACAAUAAAAUUCUGCUUACAAUUUAAUUUUUGUAGUGCAAUGGCAACCACAUUUUUAGGAGUAGAGAGUAGUUUUGGGAUCGGUGGGGUUAGUGGUUGUUUAACUAGUAAAGUACAAAGAGUACAAAGUGCCUUUAAAAAGCUUGUUGACUUGAUUCAAGAUAAUGCAGAAUCCAAGGUGAUCAGUCAAAUUGAAAAUGAAGUUAAUGAAGAACUACGUGAAAUGCGUGAUGUGGAUAUUAUAGAACUUGAAUUACCAGAAAUAAAGGCCAAGGGCAAGAAACGUGAUAAAAUUUUUGAAGCGAUCCAUGAUAUUUUUAAUGCUGAAAUUGUUGACAAUAAAUUGUUCAUCAAGUUUAAUGGUUGGAUUAAAGCAGAAAUACAUAAGAAAGUAGUGUAUUCACUUGAUCAACAACUCCCACCAACUUGGGGGACUCAAAUUGAUACAAUAUGUGUGGUUAACGGUAAUCAGUAUCGACCUGAUGUGGGCAGUUGGAAUCCUAAACCAGCACGUAAUCAAAGGCUUAACCCUAUAAUUAAUCUAUGUCCACCACCGUUGCUGUGGAUCGAGGUGACCUAUGACAAUUCUGGGGAUCGUGAUAAUGCCAUGAAUAAAUUUGCAUGCAUUCGACCCUACUGCCUGACCACAGAAUUUGUAAUAAUUGUUGUUCCGGCUACUGAAACUGCCUUUCCAGCAAAUCCAAAUCCAGAUGUUGCUUCAAUGGUGGGAACACCCAAAACGGCUUGUCCUUCUCAUGCUCCAUAUCUCGGCCAUUGGCCCGUGGGCAAUACAGUUCGUUGGUACAAGAUGAAAUGGAAUAGGCAUCUUGUAUUAGGAUGUGGAGCGAACAUAGAUUUUAAUGAUAUACUUCAAGUCUUAACAUAA